AUGCGCAGUGCGAGUAUUAAUACCAAAAAAGUCACCUGUGACCCCAGGUUGACCUCCUGCCGGGCCUUGUUAGACUUUGAGUCGGAGCUGCGGGUUCGCCCUCCUAAGGCUGCGUCACUCUAUUGGCAAUCGGGAAGUCUUGGGCUUUCUUCUUGUUUCGUUUUCCGGACUUGGGACUACUGCCGACCCGCGCCGGUGACGGCUUCGUGCGCGACCCCUCUCCCGGCCGGCGGCGUCUGUGUUGGGUGCCGUUCGCGCCACCUUCCCUCGGCUCGCUGUUUUCACGGUCGCGUCGCUAUGGAGGGCUCUCACUGCUGUGUGGCCUGCGGUUCCCUCCUUGGGCCGUCCGACACCCUGAACCGGUGUGCGGCUUGCUGUGGCCUAUCUGACGACCCACGCGGGGGGUUUGCGGAUGUUUGUUCGUCCCCCUCCCCCGUCGUGCUCGGGGGCCCGUCCGCAUCUGAGACGCGGCCCCCUUCUGGGCUUAGGCGCUCGAAGCGUCGCGGUCCUUCGGCUCCUCCGUCCGGCCCCCGUCCGAAGAGAUCGAAAGUUGACGAGCUGCUCGCCUCUGAUGUCGAGCGGCUGCGCAGGGAGGUGGCUGAGUUGCGGUCUCUAUUGGGUGACCGUCCCCCGGGUGACUCAGCGGCUGCUUUUGAUCCGCGUUCGCCUGGCAUGCCCGACCUUGACCUGGAGGCCGAUGCCGUCUCGCUGGCGGCUUCGGCUUCCAUGUUCCAUGAUGACGUGGGUGAGUCGGCGUUUGUGCCUUCGGAGCUCGGCUCCUCGUCCUCUGCGCUGGGCUCGUCAGCCGGCUCCCCUGACGCUUCCAUACUGGCGGUGCUGCGCGGCGCGUUGGCGCGUCUACAGCUGGACUUGCCUCAACGGCCCGUUUCGGCGCCGGCGAGCGCAUUUUUUCGGCACCAGCGGUCCGCCCCGAAUUUUGCGGUCCCUGCUUCGGCCGACUUUGUUAGGGAGCUCCAUGCGGGCUGGAGGGAUCCGGCGGCUCUCUCUCGUCUUUCGGCCGAUGGUCGGGCUCUGGCGGCCAUGCAUGAUCCGGCCGCUGUGGGCCUGGACCGCAUGCCGGGUGUUGAGCCCGCCAUUGCAUCCCUCAUCGUGUCCCCUGAGGAGUCUCUCCGCCCGGUUGUGCGGUGCCCUCAGCCACAGGGUCGGCUGACGGAUGAACUCAUUCUCCGGGCCUAUGGUGCCGGUGCGCGUGCUGGGCGCAUCGGUAAUUCCAUGGCUCACCUCUUGUUGGCCCUCUCGGCGUCCUUGCCCGAGAGCGGUGCUGACACCUCUGCCGUGGGCUUCUGCGACGCGGCGUUGCACGCGUUCGCCCUGGUGACGCGGGAGCUCGGGCGGACGAUGUCCUAUCUUGUGCAGGCUCGUCGUCAGGUGUGGCUUGCUCAGUCCCCCCUGACUGAGCCUGCCCGGAGGACGCUCCGUGACGUUCCGGUUGAACCCGGCCAUCUUUUUGGCUCGGCGGCGGUGUCUGCCUUGGAGAGGACUAUUUCGGCCCGUGCGACCAGGCAACAGCUGUCGGGCCUGCGUCGGGGCUCCGCUCCUGCAGGCGGGGCAUCCCGCCCGCCAGCCCCCCAGGGCCCGUCGGGGCCGGAGGGGCAGGGACUGAGGCCGUUGGGCCGGCCGUCGGAUUUUUUUUUUUCCCACCAGCAGCUCAGGUACUGGGCUGCUCGAGUUUCGGACCCCUGGGUGAUAUCCACCUUGACCCAUGGGUACGUGCUCCAGUUCCGACGCCGGCCCCCCGUGUCCCGCCGGGUCCGGGUGACUACUGUCUCGGACCCGGCGAGGGCUCUGGCUCUGAGCCGGGAGCUGUCUUCUCUCCUGGCCAUGGGGGCCAUCGAGCCUGUGGAUCCCCGGGCUUGCCCCCGGGGUUUUUACUCAACUUAUUUUCUGGUUCCGAAGAAGACCGGCGGUUUUCGGCCGGUUCUGGAUUUGCGGGGCCUCAAUCGGUACCUGAAGGUACUUCCGUUCCGCAUGUUGACCGUCGCGGAUGUAUUGCGGGUGGUCGCCCGGGGGGAGUGGUUCACCUCCGUGGACCUGAAGGACGCCUACUUUCAUGUGCCGGUCGCUCCUCGCCACAGGCGGUUUCUCCGCUUCGCCUACAGGGGUCGCCACUGGCAGUUCAGGGUGCUCCCCUUCGGGCUCUCCCUUUCCCCGAGGGUGUUCACCCGUGUUGUGCGGGCUGGUCUGGCUCCCCUCCAGUCGGUGGGCAUGAAGAUUCUGCCCUACCUCGACGACUGGCUGCUGUGUGCGCCGUCGCGCGCUCAGGCGUACGGCGAUACGGCAGUCCUUCUUGCCCACGUGGAUCGCUUGGGCAUCAGGGUGAAUUUGGGGAAGUCGUGUCUGGUUCCUUCUCAGCAGGCGACCUUCCUCGGGGUGUCUCUGGACUCGGUGGCCAUGUUGGCUCGACCGUCGUCCCGUCGGGUGGAGGCCGCUCUUCGCCUCCUCUCGCAUUUUCCGGUGGGUCAGGUACGUCCGUAUCUGACCUUUCUGCGUCUCUUGGGCGUGCUGACGUCCCUGACCGCGGUCGUGCCCCUUGGUCUUCUCUUCUUGCGCCCCCUGCAGCGUUGGCUGAAUGGCUUUCGCCUGGACGCCAGGCGGCACCGACGACGGUUACUGAGAGUCUCCAGCCGGUGCGCGGUGGCCUUGGCGCCGUGGAGGAACGGGGCUUUCUUGUUGGAGGGCGUUCCAUUGGGGGUUGCCCCAGUCCGUCGCGAGGUGGUCACUACGGACGCCAGUCGCUUGGGAUGGGGUGCCGUCUGGCAGCGCAGGGCUGCUCGGGGCAGCUGGUCUCUGCGGGACCACGCUGUCCACAUCAACGUCCUGGAGCUGCGUGCGGUUCACCUGGCUCUCCGGCACUUUUACCCUUUCCUACGGGGAAGGCACGUGCUGGUGCGUUCAGACAACGCUGCCGCCGUGUACCACAUCAACCACCAGGGGGGCACGAGGUCUGCUCAUCUCUUGGAGGCCUCCCGCCGUCUUCUUGUGUGGGCGGCCCCUCGUCUUGCGAGUCUGCGGGCCGCCUAUCUUCCCGGCCAGUUGAACCGUCUGGCGGACUCCUUGUCCCGCCGUCGCCUCCAGCCGGGGGAGUGGCGCCUCCAUCCCGAGGUGGUGCGCGCGAUUUGGGGAGUUUUCGGCCAAGCCGAGGUGGACCUCUUCGCCUCCCGGGAGUCGGCCCAUUGCCCUCUCUGGUUUUCCCUGGGGGAGCGCUCCAGCCCUCUAGGUCAGGACGCGCUGGCCCACCCCUGGCCGAGGGUCCUGCUCUACGCCUUCCCGCCGCUCCCUCUGAUCUGGCUGACGCUUCGGAGGGUGUCUUUGGAGGGGCACUCAUUGCUGCUGGUGGCCCCCUUCUGGCCGGCUCGCCUAUGGUUUCCCCUGCUGCGCAGCCUGUGUGUCGGCGAGCCUUGGUGCCUCCCCGAGAGGCGGGAUCUACUGUCCCAGUUGGGGGGCCAGUUAUGGCAUCCCGAUCCUCGCCGUCUCCGCCUGCACGUCUGGCCGCUGAGGGGACCGACUCGCUGUUUGACGCCUGCUCGAGUUCAGUCAGGCGGACACUUUUGAACGCCCGGGCGCCCUCCACCCGGCUGCAGUACGCUGGCCGGUGGAGGUUGUUCGUGAAGUGGUGCGGGGACCGUGGGGAUGACCCGGUCUACGUCGCUGCCAUCUCUGCUCAUCACGCCAAGGUCUCUGGUGGAUCUGUGGGGAACCACGGCCUGGUCGCUACAUUCCUCAAGGGGGCUCUGAGGCUCCACCCCCGCAGGUGUCCUCGCGCCCCGGUCUGGGAUCUGCAGC